AUGCUCGCGUUGGUGCCGCAGUGGGUACCAGUCGCUAUGCUGGAGACGUUAGCGGAUCUGUGGGCUGCGAACAAGAACAAGACCUGGUGGCUCUCAGCACGGAUCCCUUCUCACAUCUCGUUAGCUGCGACAUAUUUUCUUCCUUCGAAUAAAGAGCCUGUUCAAUCACGCUACAAAAAGGAGCAUGCCGCAGUCGGGCCUUUGAAUGGCGUCAGCCAGUCAUUUGGCAGCUUGCAACAGUAUUACUUCGCAGUGCGCCGCCCCAGACUACACUUGCAUGAUCAAGGAAUCCUAUCACGUUUCAAAGCAGAACAGGAGAACUCCCUUCACGAAAAUCCAAAACCACUCAAUCAUUACCCAAAGCUUGUUAAAGACUUCAUUGGCUUCAUUCAAGGGCCCAUCGAUAAUACACCCCUCCGAAUUGCUAUCGAUAAGAGGAAGAUGGACUUGUCAUCUAAACUUGUCCCUUUCCCAACCGGGGUUUAG